GUUAAGGGCACACUGUCCACAUGCACGUGUAAAUAAAUUUUUCGUUUAUUUUACUUGAAUAGUGCGGAAAUGCGUAAGAAGCAGCACGAUGAAAUACCUGGCUUUCCGUCAUUGGAACAGAGUGGCACCAGCGGCGGCAACGAUGACAUACUUAAAAACAAACCAAAAUCGAAAAAGAGCGGUGGCUUCCAAUCCUUAGGUCUGGGAUUUGAAUUGCUGAAGGGCAUAACUAAACGUGGAUACAAGGUACCCACGCCCAUUCAGCGAAAAACCAUUCCAUUGAUUUUGGAGGGACGUGAUGUUGUGGCCAUGGCUAAAACAGGAUCCGGCAAAACCGCCUGCUUUCUUAUACCUAUGUUUGAGAAGUUGCAGCGCCGCGAGCCCACAAAAGGAGCACGUGCUCUGAUCCUAUCGCCAACACGUGAGCUGGCUGUGCAAACAUAUAAAUUCAUUAAGGAUCUGGGCCGUUUUAUGGAGUUGAAGACGAUUUUAGUACUGGGUGGUGAUUCCAUGGAUUCGCAAUUUUCAGCUAUACAUACUUGUCCAGAUGUUAUUGUAGCUACGCCGGGCCGCUUUUUGCAUUUGUGUGUAGAAAUGGACCUGAAACUAAACUCAAUAGAGUAUGUUGUGUUCGAUGAGGCCGACAGGCUUUUCGAAAUGGGAUUUGGCGAGCAAUUGAACGAAACGUUGCAUCGCUUGCCUUCCUCUCGCCAAAUGGUUAUGUUCUCGGCCACGCUGCCCAAGCUUCUGGUGGAAUUCGCAAGGGCUGGACUCAGUGAUCCGGUGCUUAUACGUUUGGAUGUUGAAUCUAAGCUGCCAGAAACUCUGGCCCUCAAAUUUUUGUACUGUCGACCAGAUGACCGCUAUACAGCAUUGGUGGUUCUGUUGAAAUAUGUGAUACCCCAGCAGGCACAGACAGUCGUCUUUGCGGGUACACAGCAUCAUGUCGAGCUAAUUUCAUAUAUACUAACUCAGGCGGGCAUAUCCAACACUUCAGUGUAUUCCAGCUUGGACCCAGCCGCACGUAAAAUCAAUACUGCAAAAUUUGCUAGCAAAAAGGUUUCUGUUCUUAUAGUCACAGAUGUAGCCGCCCGCGGCAUUGAUAUACCCAGCUUGGAUUAUGUUGUUAAUUUACAUUUUCCGGGGAUACCGAAGCUAUUUGUGCAUCGUGUGGGACGUUGUGCACGUGCAGGACGUACUGGCACUGCCUACUCUAUAUUCUCCACGGAUGAUACGGCACACUUGCUAGACUUGCACUUGUUUCUAAACAGGCCGUUUAAUAUCAAUGAUAGUUCAUCUAUAGGUACCAUACCACAAGACCUGCUUGAAGAGGAGUAUCUGGGCGUGGCCGAGAUCAAGAAGAGUCAUCAUAUAGCGGGCGUGCUACGCACCAGUGAGAAUGCGUACAAAAAAUACUUGAGCUCUCGUCCCACAGCAUCUACAGAUGCUAAUGCACGUGCUAAGAAGAUUAAAUUUUUUGCUUUAAAAUCACUUGAGGAUUUUUUCGAUGCUGCCCCUGUGCUGGAGCAAGCCGCUAAAAUAUCUGGCCAAAAGCUAGAUGCCAAUUCAAAGGCUGUAGUAGCAGAAUCUGAGCGUAAAUUGGAAAAUGAGAAGCAUGACAUAUUAGUCAAGAUGCGAAACUUUCGGCCAAGUGGUACGAUUUUUGAACUGAACACCACACAGAAGUCUGUGCCAUUCGUUGUUAUGAAGAACAAACGUUCACAUCACAGCGAAGUCAUCGAAAAGUUUCGCCAACAACGCGAUAAGGAGGAUGUUGAUGAAGUGCAAAAGAUAGCGGAUUCCCAGAAAACAAAGCCCAUUACAACUGCUGAUGAUGAGUCGAUAAAUAAUACGUUUAAAAAGGUUGUAGCGCCGAAAAAACGGCAGAAUAUGGAGGCUCUAUACAAGGAAAAACCAAAAAAAAAGAAACGCAAGCUGCAAACCAAGGAUGAGGAGAACUAUGUGCCUUAUCAGUCACUGGAUAAACACACCGAGGAUGGCCUUGCCAUCAACUCAUUCGAGCGACAAGCACGGAAUGCCGAGUUUUCUGUGGUAGAUCGCUCUGCAGCACAGGAUACAAAGCACAAGCCAGGACUUAAGAAAUGGGAUCGCAUCAAAAAGAAAAUGGUUUCAGUUCAAGAUCCUCGCGCAAACAAGAUACGCACAGAAUCUGGCGCUUGGAUACCCGCCUCCUUCAAGACAGGUCGCUACAACGAGUGGAAGGAGAAAUCCAAGAUUGAAGAGCAAUUACAACGCGAAAACGCUGGCAGCGAUGAUGAAAACUUCAAGCCCUUAUCCCAUGUCCAACGCUAUCCGGUGGGCCGACAUGCUCGUCAUAAUGCCAAGCUGGAGCUGAAGAAGCGCAUUAGCGGCAAUGACAAGGAGCUGCGUAAGCCCGAACAGAUAGUAAAGGCGCGAAUGCGUCUUGAGUCCAUUAAGAGGCGUCAAGAGGAGAAUAUCACUAAAAAAACCGAGAACCGUAAGCGAAGUAUGCGGAAAAAUCAAAGACCAAAAGCAGCGCCCCAGAAAAAAUCUGGAGUGACAAGGAAGCGCAAGUAGGCUAGAGAAUGAAUCAAGGCAAGGUGUCACCUGCAGCUGUAUAUAAAAUAUAAUAAAUAAGUAUGAUUUUUAUACAUGCGCUAGCUAUCAUUAUAAAGAAUAUAUUCCUACACUCUUGACAUUAUAAAAAAAAAAAAAAAAAA